CAUAAGACCUUGGUCAUUUUUGUGACGGCAGAAUGUGUUAAUCGAGCUUCAUCUUCAUUAUCACAUUCAUCUGGUAGUACUACGGUAUUGAUACGACAGUCGAUGGACUUCAAUAGUGGGACGACGUCAACCAAGCCUAUGUACAAGGUAUGUACAGUACUUCGUCGUAGGAUACUCUUGAAAUAG